AUGCACGUCCCGUAUCACGCCCAGAGUGGACAGUUCGUCGAACGCGUUGUAUAUAGUAGAGACGUAUUGACGUCGCUACGACCGGUGCAGGUUUCCAACAGUUUACAAAUCUUGUCGUUUUUCGUCAACGGACCGUCGCCCGCAGUCCGGAAACGCUUGCACGCGUUCGCCGGUAACGGCGCCAUCUCUUUAAAACGCGGAACCCGGAACAUGGCGUCGUCCGCCUCCGGCGGCGGCACCGGCACACUGCUCGACCGUCUGUUUACUCCGUUUUCUAGUACUUGGGCCCUCAUAGUCAUGUUCACGUUCGCGUUCGUGCUCAUCACUUCUAUAAUUGCAAUAAUAUUAAUAUGGGUGUACUGCGCGAAUUACAUGCAGCUGUACAGGUCGAAAAUCGGCAAACGCAACGCCAACGUACACAACGACCCGUUGAAGUACAGCGACGCGUUUCUACUGUUCCGAUAUCUGAACAGCUCGUGA